GGGACAAAUCAUAGCUAGUGUAUGGAAGAAAGAGAAAACUACUAGUUCGGAGCUUUAGGUCAGAUUGUCGGGGCUUGAAAGUUAAUAUAAAGGCGGGCUAUAAGGUGACAAGAACGGUGAACGUACGUAGAGUUUUCAACAAGAAGGUAACGCCGGUUCCACGUCCGGCAGUCCCGGCUGGAGGCUGAAAGAUGCAGCUUGCCACACCAAAAUUUACCAUCACGUUGGUGUGGUUAGUUGUGCUGGGGUCGGUGGCUUAUCUGGUCGAAUUGGCCCAGCCAGACCCACCAGCAUCUGGCAUUACAACCGUGGGCUCUCUAAGAAUAGCCACUGCUGAAGAUUGCGGGGGGGUAGUAGCAUUUUCGGCAGCAUUAGGCACCAAUAAUGAUGCCCGCCUUAUUUUCAGCGAGACUCUGGUCAACAAGGGCGUUGGCUAUAUCCCUGAAACCGGCAUAUUCACAACACACUGUCCAGGACUUUAUCAAUUUAGUUUCGCUGGGUAUGGGAGCUCUGAUUUGAAAUUGAUACUCAAACGAAAAGCCAAUAAAGCAAACAACUGGGAACUAAUAACAUCCGCUGGUCCCGGGGGUGGUGCUAAUAUUGUACUGUUUGAUGCUGGAAUUGGUGAUCAAUUCGCCGUCUUUGUUGAAGCUGGUAAAGCCACUGAAGGCAUGACAUACAGCGGUUAUCGUGUUUCAAAGAAGCUAUGAGCCAUAAUCCAAGGAAAACAUAGCUAUUGGAAUAAUAUGAAUUGAAAAAAGCGAAAGAACCUAAUACAUCACGCUGAAAUUUUCAUUCAUAAAUCAUUGUGAUGGAAAUUCUAACGGAUGGAGAAAUUAUAUGCAGUCCCCAAGAAGCUACGCCCGACGUACCUUUGUGCAUGUUAAGUUUUUAUUCGUCUCGUUUUUUCGGCCUCUCAUAUUUUUAUUGAUGUUAAAUCUAUUGCGGCGAACUGUGAUAGCUCCUAUAUUGUCAAAUCGUUAAUUGAUUAUUUUUUUAAUUGCAAUUACUCUUCAUUUAUUUAUCCUUCGAUUUCCCUAUUACUGUUUUUUCUCUUGCUCUCCUUCAUUUGGCUUUUUUAUGCUUUCCAUCUAGCUCACUCUCUUCCUCUCCUCAUGUAGAUUGUUGCGUUAUUCCACUCUCUUUAUUUUCCUUUCUCCAACUUUCUAAAACCUUAUUUUUUACUUUCUCCUCCGUAAACGGUGCUUUGUUUUCUCAUCUUUUUUUUUCUAUUUAUCAUGUUUAUACUUACUCUUUUGGAAAUCAUCUCUACAGUAAUCCAUUAUUUCCUAUCUAUCGCCAUCCUGGCUAACCAUUAAUUUUUUUUUUCUACUCAAAUAUUGAUUGAUUACUUUUUUCCAUCAUUUUAAUGUGCAUUCCUCAAUCUCUUUGUUUUAUUUUCAAUUUUCCACACAAUUUUACGAAUCUUUCCUUUACUUUUGUUCACUAUAAUUUGCUGACCACCCUACAGUAUUAUUUUUAACGCAAUUUUACCGCAUAUAUUAUAAUCAAUACUUUGCUCAUAUCUCUUGCACUCGAUCCUUUUUUGUCUCACAACUCUUUUUCAACUCAUUUUUUUUUAUUAUUAUCUCCAACUGUUUAAUCAUACUUUUUCCUACUAUUUAACAAUUUUUUUGUCCCAUCUUUUCUUUACUUCCUACUCUUGGCCUUUUUCCAUUCUCCAUCUUGACUUCUCCAUUAAUUAUUAUUUACCCAGCUUGGCCCUUUAUUCUCUUCAUUUACUACAACUAAUAUACUUCUCAAUCUAUACUUAAACUGUCUUCCUCUUUAACGCUGCACUAUACAGGUAAAAUUAAACCUUUAUAUAAUAUCCUUUUUCUUACACUUCAUUAUUGUUCUAUUCAGCUGUAAUUUGGUUUUCAUCCUUUAAAUAACUCACCAUUGGUAUAAUAUUUAACAUAAUUUUUUCUUCUAAUUUUCCCACCAAUAGGAUCUAUCACAGUAGAUAAAUUUCACGACGAAACACUUGGAAAAAUUACACUUGAGCUUCUGUCAACUUUGACUAAUUUGUCAUUAUUGUGAGACGAAAACUGAAUAAAAAAAAUUUAUUGAAAAAAUAUGGUAUUGGAAAAAUAUAA